AGCAAUGUGGCAACAUUGUUAUUAUAAUUUUUGUUGCUUGCAUUCUCAAACUCGGCUAUCUCAGCCCUCGGGUUUCGUCACAUCACUCGUCAGUCAGAUUUGCGCAGGUGGCGUGAUUGGACGUAUUGACGCAUGCGCUCGAUCAAUUAACCGGAUAAAUGAACACUGACAGAUCAUUUAAUUUUAUUUUUAUCGUAAAAAUAAUAAUAAAAAAUAAUCAAACUGUAUUUAUUUAGAGAAGUGUCCGUUGCAUCUUAAAUACUGAACGUGUAUAAGAAGUUACAGUGUUUUGAUGAAUAAAAGAAAUCGAUUAGUGCUUCUCUAGUUGCUUUUAUGUAUAUGAUUUAUAUUAUUUCAUUAAAAUUUGUCGACAAGUGACACCAUCGUAACUGUUAGUGUCGUGAGAACAGGUUUUUGGAACGGUAGUGUUUUUUGUACAUUUCAUUGUUUAUGUGAAACCAUACUUCGCUACAGUUUGAAUCUCGUUUAGAACCAGUGGAUACUGUGAUCUGUUGCACCUACGUUACUUCAUCUUUGAAUGAUAAUUGAGAGGGCGUGAGGGGAGUGUCGGAGGGCGAAGGAUGAUCGCGGAUCAAACAGCACGCCGCGCUCGGCAAUAUGGCCGCCCUGUCAUGCUACCAACCGUGUCGGUCGCAUCUAGCUCAGCCUGCUAGGUGUCUCGACGAAGACGAAUACGAGCUAUCAUCGCUAACGAUACGUCGGCGGCAGUUGAUAGAAAGAUGUCACGACACGAGGACGGGGCGGAACAGGGAUCUCAUACCUGAGGUGUCCGUCAAGAAGACGAGGGAGGAGUUAGCGAAGCAUGCGGCGCAGAACGCGCAGCUCGCGAGGAGGCUGAACGUGGAGUCUGGCUGGUCGAAGGUCGAGGAGGUCCGCAAGAAGUUUGAGGGUGCCGCGACCACUUCCUACUCCCGGUCAUUUGAGUCACCGCCGAGACGUCGUCUGGCCGACUCUCUGUUCGCAAGCUUCAAGCUUCCAAGGAAGAAGGAGAUGGCUGCUCCCAGGUCGAUAGUUCCGCAGCAGAAGAGGAAGUCGGCUGUCGAGCUACUGGCGGAGACUAAGGCCUUCUACGUCAAGUCUGAGACUGUUCUGGACAGGAAACAAGAACUGCCUCUGAGGGUAAGCAGCGGCCUGAGCCAGGCGAUAGCGGCUGGGGGUUGUCAUCUAGUCAGCUCGGGGACCCUCGGCAAUGAGGCCUGCUGCAACCCUUAUGCCACAACUCGUGUGGGCGAUCGCCGCCCGGUGUCCGGGGGAGGGGGGCUGCAGAACACAUUGCGGAGAUUACUGGAACAAACAGACAGCAGAGAGAACGUGUACACACCCGCAUACAUGUCUCAAAAAAUGUUCGCGGACACCAGAAGGAUAAAGGAUCCGUAUCCAGAGCGUGAGACGUCUCGUUCGCAGCACACAUCCGGUACUUUCUCUGGGACCUCCUCGUCGGGAACUUCCGGCUCCAAGCAGAGGUCCGACGACAAGACCAGACCCUUGAGCUUCGGGGACGCGAGGGUCUUCUUCCCCGACUCCUUCGUCAUCCCGCGCCAGAGACCCGCGGAGGUUGUCAUUAAGAACACAUAUUCUAUACCAAGCCCUCAAUCGAGUCCUCACACCAACGAGCGAGCUGACCUAGCAGCCAUCUCUCCACCGGCCGAAUAUGCACACUCCACGCCGAGAUAUAUCAGAUCCAACUCUCACUCUCAGCCGAGCGGCCGCGAGGACGAGGCCACCAAUAUAAACAGUCACAAAUCGCUCCCGGACCUGCAUGCGCAGGCGCACAUCUAUCCGGAACAAGUGAACGUGGUGGUGAGCGCGGAGUCCGCGAGCCGCUCUCCCCGGCGAAGACGACACUCGGCACAUCACCGUACAGCAUCAUGCUCCUCUAAAGGAACCAGAUCGAAUCAUUCUUCACUGAUGUCAUCCUGCGACGCCUUCUCCGAACAUCCGUCACCAGAGGAGAACUAUCAGUCAUAUAACAGCCGCUGCGGAUCUUCGUUCGCGCGAGACUCGGGCGGCUCUAGCGGACACUACACGCAGAGGAGCGCCCCGCCUCACGCACACCACGACAGAAACAGGGGUUACGGCUACCACACUAACAGCGGCAGUACGCUGGAGCAGUGCUACGUGUCCGCCCCCCCUCAGUUCCAGGACGGCGCUCCGUCGCCGGGCGCGAGUCCGUCACCCCCUCCACCUCCCCCGCCCCCCUCCGCCCCGCACUACACGCCCGCAGCGCCCGCCGCGGGCACACACGGGGCUCACCCCCGGGUCGGGAUACAUUUCCAGGCCAGCGCCCCCCCUCCCCAGUUCCAGGACGAGCCGCUGUACGACUACAACGGCUACGACUACGACUGCACCUACAAGACGCCGCUGAAAUGUCUCACGGGGACUCCGCCGAGGAAGGACUAUACGAGGGAAUACUCCAGAUAUCACGAGCCGAGCACGGAGCUGAUCAGCAAGCAGCCUCAGUACCAGGAGUCGAGGCUGAGACGUCUGGACGAACAGCAGCAGUACGUCAACAUUGACGCGAGAAAGAUGUGUACCCCGGAAGAGGCGACUUCGCCCCUCGGGACUUUCAAACGACAGCGGUGUCUCAGAUACAAACAAAGACGACCUAGACCCAUACUGAGGUCCAAGUCAGAUAUAUCAGACAGAUACAGGCGUUCGGACGGCCGCAGUCCGUCGUCGGCGCCGUGCGAGGUGUCCCCCAGCAGUCCGUCCGAGGGCUCCGGUCGCCUGCACCGCUUCUUCGACUACCUCGGCCUGGAGUCGCGCCAGUACGAGGCGCUGUUCAACGACGCCGAUGAAGACAGCCCCGUGUUUUUCUCGUCCGCCUCCACCGUCGACUCCAACCAGGUCGCCGCGGCCGCUGACUAUACUGUACAAGGUCCGGGGGUGCAGAAGCAAAUAUACCGCAACACGGAGCCGCCCAGCGUGGUGGAGAGGAACGCUAGGAUCAUUAAGUGGCUGUGUCAGUGUCGGAAGGCGCAGAUACCGCCGCCGCAAUAGAUUGACAGGUGACAGGUGACAGGUGACAGUGACAUCUAAAAGAACGGACCCCACAGACCAAGCUGCCAAAUGAGAAUCAUAUAAUGAUAAACAUUCACACUUACACAAACCAGUCCGGCGCGCGUUGCGAUUAAUGAAAUUUUAUUUUGAAUGCCACAACAGACCCGUAUAAAACACUCGGACAAACUUGGAUGUGCAAUAUUUUAAACGCUCCGUAGUAACAUGAUUGUUUUCGUAUAUAUCGUGAUUUCCGUUUAAACCGUAAAAUGUGUUCUUAUAUAAUGAAUUAUAUGCAUAAAUAUAUAUUUUUAUCUGUAUACGAAUUAAAAAUGAUAACAUAACAUGCGACCAACUCUAAGAAAUAAAUAUAAAUGUAUUUUAAAUAAAGAGAACUAUUUAUUUACGAAAAAAAAUUAAUAAAACGUAAUUAAAUUAAAUCUUAGAUCACGUGCUAUUGAUCGGCUAUUGUUAUAUAACAAUUAAAUUGACUCAAAACUUUUAUGAGUUGUUAAAAAAAAUUGCAGCAUAAAACCUAAUCCUAUUUUCCUCGUUUAAAUAAUUCUAAUAACAUUUUAAUAAAAUAUAAGUGCCAAAACGUUUAAACGAUAAACAUUUUCUAGUCAAUUAAAAAACUUAGUUUUCAUUGGCCGUAUAUAAAAUUCAAAACAUCCGCCAGGAGAAAAAAACGUGGCGACUGCAAAACUAUAACUGUUAUAACAUUGUUUAAUAUGAUUUAAAAUGUUACUUGAAAAAUAAAAUUAAAAUUAACUGUGUACAAGUCACGAGCUUAGAUGUAGUGGAAAUGUUAUUUAAAAAAUGUAAAUUAUAAGAAAAUUUAAAGCCCAUAGGGUAUAAAAUUCAGUUUGACAACAGUUUUUCUUAUUUUAUACACUAUGAUUGUUUUCCGUUUUACCAUGUUAUGUAUAAAUCAAAAAUUAAAUUGAUGAAAAAAAUAUAUAUAUAUAUUUACUUGACAUUUGAACAUUUUAGGUAAUAAUUGUUUUGGUUGCUAUAUGAUAAUUAGGGAAAUAGAAUUUUCAAAGUUGCUAAAUUUCUAAAAAUCUGAUAAUAAAUUUUCAUUUAAAAGAUAAUGAAAAAAAAAAUAUUAAAAAAUUUGUAUUAUAUAAACACGUUCCUGUUAAGGAUUUGUCAUAAUUUAUAGAAAUUUCCUUUAGAUUUGUAUUUAUAUUUGUUAGAAUAGAAUUUUAAGUGUAAGCUACAGUUGUUAAGCACAAAACUGAUUACUUUACAACAACAACAUAUAACUAUGAAUCUACUUCAGAAUUAUACUGGCAUUAUCUGUGUAUAAUUCUCACAGAUAAUUAAAAAUCUCACAUAUAUAAAUAAGUAAUGAUUUGAUAAAACCUGCAUACUGUUCUGAUAAUAUUUAAGUCUUUAAUUUAAUUACAAAAAAAAAAAACUGUAGUUAUUUCAAUAUUUAGUCAUUUUUUAGUAAUAAGUUUUCAUAACACAACCUCGGAGCGAAUACGCUCUGGAGUAAAUGACAAUAUAAAAAAAAUAACGAAUAAUAUAAAGCAUAAUGUAACCAAUAGUGUUAAUUAAUUUUAUAUAACAUGUAAAUACAUUGGUAUAACUACAAUAACCUUAGAAUAAACUGUUAAAUUUGAUGCAAAUCGUUCCGUUGAUUGUAAUGUUUGAAAUAUAAAUGGCCUCACCGAUGAAUUGGUCGUAAUUACGUAUAAGAUGUUCCUUUAUGUUGAAGGCAUUUAAAUUUUCUAAAAGACUGCCAUUUUAAUUUUCAAUUUUCUGUGAUAUAACGCAUGUUGGUACACAUUCUCUGUUGUAUUACGGAUGUGGUUAAGGUGAGUUAGUGUAAAAUGUCGCUAUGAUAAAUGACCGCGACGUUUUUGUUUGCAUUUUAAACUUCUUGUAAUUCUAGACUAAGAUAUUUCCAAGUAUGAAUGAUUUAAAUUUGUAGACUCGUAGUUCACUUUCCUUAUACCGUACAAUGAUUAUUGAUUAGUGUUGAAGUAUUAUAUUUAGUGUUGCAUGCUCCCAAAAUUAUUAUGUUUUUGUAAAUAAAAUUUACUUUGUUAGAAUUUUAAUGUAAUGAAAGAAUUAUAUUGCGGUCUGAUGACUAUUAUAA